AUGAAUAUCAUUCACAAGCCUAUUACCUCUUUGAAUGCUCCUCAGGCUCGCAACAGCGGUCUAGAACCGGGUGUCACUAUCCUUCCUAGAGGAUUCAAAAAAGCGGAAGGCUGUCGCCCUUUACAGGUCGACACUAUCUGGGAGAAAGAUAUUAUCAUCCCACUUAGAGAUGGUACACAGCUAAGGGGAGAUAUCUUCCGACCGCAGCACAUUGCUGAGAGGAUUCCGAUUCUAUUGGUCUGGAGCCCUUACGGGAAGACCGGGACGGGAAUGUUCAGUUUGGAUCUGAUCCAAGGUCGCGUUGGUAUUCCAGUAGACCGACUCAGCGGAUUUGAGUGCUUCGAAGGACCUGAUCCAGCGGAGUGGAACCCGUAUGGCUAUGCCAUUGCGCAGGUGGACGCGCGAGGUAUCUUUCACUCGGAGGGUAAUCAUAUAUGGCACGGAACCGCCGAAGGCCGUGAUGGGUAUGACACGGUCGAAUUCCUAGGCAAGCUUGACUGGAGCAACGGACACGUUGCCCUGAUUGGAAACUCGUGGCUUGCCACUGCGCAAUGGUUCAUCGCCGCCGAGCGCCCCCCACAUCUAUCCUGCAUACUCCCAUUGGAAGGGCUGAGUGACGUCUAUCGGGAGACGCUGUGCCGUGGUGGGGUCCCAUAUACUCCGUUUUGGAAAUUUCUAAGGGAUAACGGGCUUUAUGGGAACAACAAACAAGAAGACAUCGUCGCGAUGAUCCAGAAGCACCCGCUCAUGAACGAGUACUGGGAGGAUAAGAGGGCUAAGGUGCACCUUAUCCAAGUGCCAGCUUAUAUUCUCGCCAGUAUGUCCACGGGCCUCCACACUAUUGGAUCGACACGCUGCUACGAGGAUAUUCCCCAUGAGAAUAAAUGGCUUCGAAUGAAUGCGACGCAGGAGUGGCAUGAUCUCUACCAGCCGGAGACGAUCGUUGAUUUAAAGCGCUUCCUCGAUUAUCAUACAAAGGGAAUCCAGAAUAACUGGGAAGCAACCCCAAGAGCUCGGGUCUCGGUUCUUAGGUUCAAUCAGAGCCCACUAGUUAAUGUUCCAUUCUCAAGCUGGCCUCCUCCUAGCGCCACGUACGAAAAGUAUUAUCUAACUAACGGCGGCCAACUAACACGAAACCAUACGGAAGCAAUCAGCGGGUCAGUCUCGUACCAGAGCGACGCACCGGCCCUGCAAAUUGACAACGAUUCCGAAGAAGUCAUUUUCAAUUUUACUUUCGCCGAGAGAAAAUCAAUAAUCGGUAACGCGAAGGCAGUCCUCUACAUGUCCUGUCCGGACCACGACGACCUAGAUGUAUUCAUCCAGCUGCCCAAGGUCGAUCGCCACCAGCAGAUCCUCCAGAAUAUCAAUAUACCCCUACACCAUCUAGGCCUAGCGUUAGAGAAAGAAGUCGAGAGUAUCAACACGCUCAAGUACCUGGGACCUACAGGUGUGCUGAGGGUGAGUCACCGGGCCCUGGACAUUAGUCUUUCGAAGCCGCAUUGGCCUGCACAUAACCAUUCACAGGUGUCACCUGUCCCACCCGGGUCUAUCGUGCGGCUAGAGAUUGGAUUGUGGCCGGCGGCUAUACAGUUUGAAGCUGGGGAAGGCUUUAUGCUCAAGAUUGCAGGGCACCACAUGACUCUGGCCGAAUUCGUGCCGCUUCGCGGUCUCUUUGAGAAUAGUAAUAAAGGGAGGCAUUACGUGCACUUUGGUGGAGACUGUCCAAGCCAUAUUAUGAUUCCGACUGUUGCCCUCUAG